CCGUUCCAUCUCAACAGUCAAAAUCCAUCCCACUCCCUUUUUCCCAAGCACCUUCUAGCCCAACCCUCACUCUCAAUCAAACACUCUAGUGCAACAACAUGUCUCAACAACGGUGCUCUGUCUUUGCCAUGUUUCUCGCUGUCUCUCUCAUGAUAGCAACGACACUGGCCACUCGAGACCUUCUGGCAUCUCCCAUUAAGGAUGCCGACAAGAAAGAGCCAGAGUGGUUCAUCGACAAAGACGGAAGUAAGCUCAUUCCUGGUAUCGGUCGAGUCAUGGUGCCAUCCUUUGGUGGCUUUCCAAGUGGUAUUCCAGGGUUUCUCGGAGGUGGAAACGGAAUUGUGGGAGGUAGCUCACCUGGGGGUUAUACCCCUGGUGGUGAUGAUACCUCUGUGCCUAACCCUGGCUAUGAAGUCCCAGCAGGUGGGAACCCUAGCAGUGGAGAUGGGGGUUCUCCUUGAUUAUGUUUGUUUAAGCUUAGGAUUUGCUUUCCACUAUAAGUGUUGGUGGCAAUAUGAAUAAGUUAUGGCAAUAUGGUGCUAGUGUCAAUAUGAAUAAGUUAGCGCCUAAUAUAUAUGGUGCAUUUGUUAGUGUCUUGAGAUGUAUUUUGUCAGUGGUUUUUAGUAAGAAGUUGUUUUAAGGUGUUGUUAUUGGUAGCAAUGUGUUUUAAGGUGUUGCUUGAAAGGAGUCUUUUGUGUUGGAGUUGAACCAAACCUUGUCUUUUGAUUUUUUGGCCUAUUUGUAUGGUUUUCAUUUCUCUUAAUAAUGCAUUGCUUGGAAAUGUACCUCAAA